CCUUACAUUGUGAGUUAUUCUCAUCUGAAAAUUUUAUUUACCAGGAAGAAGUUUUAAUAUCAAAUAUUUAGUUUCAAUUUACAUCAAAUGUAUUUACCUAAUUUGAUUGUAACUGGAGUUAUAUUAAUUUAUUGGCAAUCAUACAAUGAUAUUGUAUCUUGUCAAAGUGUUUAUGUAAUAACACCGGGAGCAAUGAAUUACCUGGAAGACAAACUGAAACUUGGAUGUAGUCCUUCCCAAGUGUCAAUGUGGGGUAGUGUAACUCAUAUCACACUCUCCAAAAAUACAUCAACUGGUUUCCAGGAUAUAGUAACGGUUUUUCUUAAUUUUAAAACUCUGCAGAAUCAAACAAUUUGGAAUCAGUCAGGAUGGCAGAAUCGUGCCAAUUUUAUUAGGGAAUAUGUGAACCCACUUACCACUUCUAGUGGGUUAGAGUUUGACAUCCCAGCCGACAGGGUUUUAUGCUCAGACGAAGGAAUAUAUCGAUGUACAGUUAUUGGUUCCUCAGCUCUUAACGAGCCAAUAGACAUAGAGAAAAUCGGAACUGUAAAAUUGAAAGUGAAACCCACAACGGUCUCUCAGAUACAGGUCAGUCCAAAACCAGAAAUAGAAGAACUGUAUAAGGCUAAUACAGUGAUUUUGUUGAUUUGUACGGGAACAGUAGGAAGAAAUCCUACCGGCGAAUUAAGGUGGUGUUACCGGAGAGAUGAUAUGUUUAACUUCGUUGGUUGGGAAAAUGCCGACGACUAUGACCAAGGGCCGUUGAUUUCGUAUGGUGGCUGUCAGUAUAGCCGGACGUCGAAAUUGAGAUACAAUGUAUCUGCCGAUUAUAAAUAUACGGAAUUCAGAUGCGAAACAGGUGGUACAACAAUGGAAUGCGAAUAUCCCAGUGCAAUUGCAUCUAAUAUAACAAUACAAAGAUAUACAGAUCCAAAACAGUCAACUUCUUUAACUAAUAUAGACACGGCAGUCUGUUCAUCCAAAUUAAAUACAAUCUUUAUAGUUUGCAUAGCAAUUCUAAUAGCAGGAAUGUUAAUAGGAUUCGCGAUAACAGUAUUGUUAUACAGAAAAGGUGUCAUUGUUAUAAAGUGGAAAAAAGAAAGAAUUUAUGGAGAUACAAACGCGACGACAACUACUGAACACGUUUAUGAUUCGACAACAGAAUAUCAUAUGUACAAUACGACAGAAGGCUGAUGAUGAUUAAGAUUAAGAUAAUAUUGGUUUUUAAUGUAAAUAUAUAAUAGUACAUUAAAAAAAAUGAAAAAAAUAUUAAAUCAUAAUAAUAAUUG